UACAUGGGUGAGUGAUUUACGUCAUAAUACCGAUUGUGACACAACGAAGCAGCUGAAUCAAAUUUCGCGGAAAUGGCGCAAAACUCCGCUUUAUUCGUUUGUUUAGGAAAUAUUUGUCGCUCCCCGAUCGCCGAAGCUUGUUUCAAACAAAUCUUGGAAGAAAAUGGAGGUUUAGCGAAUUGGAGGGUGGACAGUGCAGCAACAUCCAGGUACCAAAUAGGGGAUUCCCCCGACGACCGUGGUCGCUCAUGCAUGGAGAAACAUGGGAUUUAUAAACACGUCGCGCACCACCGAGCACGACAGAUCACUAAACAAGAUUACGAAGAAUUUGAUUUCAUUUUCGGGAUGGACCAAAGCAAUAUGAGGUAACAU